ACACCUAAUGAUCACCAGCGACCCAAGUCCUUCAAGCACUUUAGCGGAGCUCAAAGCGCUGUCGAAGAUUAUACAAGACUCUAUCAUUUCUAUUGAGGCCUCUCUGUCGUCAGCCAAUAAAGAAUUUCCAUCUCCUUACACUCCAAUCACCAGAGAGUCGGAAGCGGCUCGCAUGGUCCCCGGCGUGGACAAGGCCUGCACCCUAAUCAUCACAGCGGCUUACCAGCUCAUCCAAUCAGUACAAUCACCUAUGCUUAGUAUUAUGGCAAUCGCGACACAGCAUGCGCUUCCUGCCGCUCUGGGUGUCGCAUCAGCGGCAAACGUAGCUGAAGCUUUGAGGGAAGCAGGUCCCAAUGGCGCCCACGUCAACGAGAUUGCUCGAGCGAGCAACAUCGAUCCGAGCAAGCUAGCUCGCGUCCUCCGUCUUCUAGCUACCAAUCACAUCUUCGUUGAGGUUGCGCCAGACGUGUUCGUCAACAACCGUAUCUCGUCGUGCAUGGACACGGGCAAGUCUGUGAAGGCUAUUCUUGAGAGCCCUGAGACGAAGCAUAUCGCUACCAACUGCGUCGCAGCUAGCGUGGAGCACUGGCAAGCCACCCAUAACUCAGCGGCGACAUCAGCGGCGCACCUGUCCGAGUUUCUCUUGGACCCCAAGACCGCUAUGUCUCAGGAGCUGAACAACACUGCUUUCAAUAUCGCGUUCAACACCGAUAUUCCAGUUUGGGAGUGGCUGGAGAAGAAGGAGAAUGAACGUCGCUUCGACUGGGAUGGUCUGAAGCAAGGCGCUGUCAUCGUCGACGUCGGAGGUGGAGUAGGCGCACAGUCGUUGGCGCUCGCUCAGAACUGCCCGCACUUGCGUUUCGUGGUUCAAGACCGCGAGCAGGUCACAAAGGACGCGGCCGGGUUCUGGAAUGACAAGCUUCCCGACGCACUCCCCUCUGGCAGAGUCGAGCUGCAAGCGCACGAUUUUUUUACCCCACAGCCGGUCAAGAACGCGUCCGUUUUUCUGCUGCGCAGCAUCAUACACGACUGGCCGGACAAGUACUGCCUGCAGAUCCUGCGCCAUCUCCGCGCCGCCGCCACUCCGGAUACCCGUCUCGUCAUUGUCGACAGCCUGGUGUCGUACGCGUGCGAGGACAGCGACCUGAAGCACAUCCCCGGCAUCGAGCGUCCUGUCCCGCCCAAGCCGCUCCUCCCAAACAUGGGAUACGCAGCUUUGACGUCGUACCAGCUCGACAUCCAGAUGCUGUCGGUGCUCAACGGCAAGGAGCGCACCAUCGCGCAGAUGAAGGAGCUCAUGGACCAGACGGGCUGGAAGCUGGUGCAGGUGCACCAGGCCCUUGCUUUCAGCACCAGCAAGGUCAUUGGUGCCCCUGCUUAGCGUCUCAAAGUUUUGGCCGUUAGUACAGCUUCACUGCCGAGCAGCUGUUGUGCAAGCAAUGUGUUUCGUAAACAUGUGAACCACCUCUGAUGCAUGAUGGCGCAUACCACAUUUGGAAGAAAUUGGCGCCUUAAUAUAAUUGUGGAUUACCCUGCGGCACGCACGUACCUGGCGGGGGGGGGCCUAUUUUUAAGCUCUCAAAUCUCCCCAGUUCCGUUUCCGCAUGAAAUAUACGAUUGAUGG